UGUUCUAAGUUUCACAAGACUGAUUGAACAUUUGCUAUCUCACAGUGAUAAGAUAGUUCAAGAAUAAAAUUGGUUAUCGUGCCAUAUGAGAAGUAGCAACUAGAUAAUAUUGUAGUUAAAAGUUGAGACUUCUUAUUUUCUUGUAACUUAUUUAAGUAAAAAUGUUGUUUCCAAAGUUGCUAAGAUACAAUUCAAUAUUAAAGAAUAAGGCAAUCCGUUUAUUCGCGACUAACACGCAACAGCAAACAGAGAAUGUAAGCCCUGUAGUGUAUGAGAAGUUAUUGGGAACCGACAGAGGUAUUGCUUUGUAUGGGUUACACAGUCCCAAAAAUCGCAAUGCAUUGAGUUUCAAUAUGAUCGAAGCUAUGAGAGAAGUCAACCAAUUGAUCAGAGAGGACACCAAAAUAUCUGUAGUUAUACUUCACAGCAUGGUGCCGGGGAUAUUCUGCGCCGGUGCCGAUUUGAAGGAGCGAUUCAAAAUGUCUGAUGAUGAAGUUGCCAAGUUCGUCAAAGGACUCCGAGCAACAUUUAUAGAAAUUGAAGAUCUGCCCAUGCCAACAAUCGCGGCUAUAGAAGGUGUAGCUGUGGGAGGUGGCUUGGAGCUGGCCUUAGCAUGUGACAUCCGAGUUGUGGCUGAAACAGCCAAGUUAGGGCUCGUUGAGACUGGUCGGGGUCUUAUCCCUGGGGCGGGGGGUACCCAGAGAUUACCCAGAGCUGUCAACAUCAAUAUAGCCAAAGAACUUAUUUACACUUCAAGAGUAGUCACUGGCAAGGAAGCAAAGGAAUUAGGCGUUGUCAAUCACGUAGUACCACAGAACACCGCGAACAAUGCAGCUCUAGAAAAGGCUUUAUCUUUGGGGAGAGAGAUAAUACACAAUGCACCAAUUGCUCUCCGUUGCGCCAAGCAGGCAAUCAAUGAAGGAAUACAACUCAGUAUCAAGGAUGGCUAUGAAGUCGAGCAGAAAUGUUAUGAGAUAAACAUACCCACGAAAGAUCGCAAGGAGGGUAUGAUAUCUUUUAUAGAGAAGAGAAAACCAAUUUACGAAGGUCAUUAGAAUAUAAUUCAUUGGGCUAUUGGGAAGUCUAAGAGUUGGUACAUGGUAUAAUAAAUGGCUGUAAUCUGUUAGUCAAGAACAUUUGUUGGUAAUCUGUAUGGUACAUAAUGAAUGAUGCCAAUGGGGAUGAUGACAGGGUAUGAAAAUUAAAAAUAUAAUUAGUCCGUAACUUAGGUAAUAAAAAAAUAUUAGACA